GGGGUCUCGGCCUCUCGGGGAGGCUAUUUAUGUAGCAUUUCACACUAUAAACCCUAUACCCUGGGGCUAUAGGAGACGGUCAAGUUCAGAACGAACACAUAUAUAAUCCGCAAUCAGAUGGCCAUCAUGACCUUCACCAAAUGACAUCGUGACAAGGCAUAUUUAGAACUCAGCACACACUCGUCUGCCUAGUAGAGAAACUCGAUAUAUCUCAAAUGUAUAAUUCUCGAUAAGACUUAUAGCAUAAAAGAUCGCCAUAUAGAAAGUCUAAAGCCCGUAAGAAAGCGCCGGUCCUCCUUCGCUCAAACAAAGAUUUAUAUAAAUACCAGGUUCGAAUACACAAAUAUAUACUCUGCUUGUCAAGAUUGAAGAACUUGCUCAGCAGCCAUGUCGCUAUUUCGAAGUAUAACCCGCCUAUGGACCAAUUCACAGUGUAAAGCAGCGCACACGCACAAAGUGGCCUUCUACAGCGCUGUGUGUGACCGACCUGAGGACCACCACACACCUGAGAUCGACUUGCGGCUAAAUUCGGCACUGAAUAGUUUACAAUCUGCAUGUGCAGAUCCGUACAGCUCUGAAAGAUCUCGGCGACGGGACAGUCACGCUCUCACUACCCAAUGCGGUCGGAGAUGGAAACCCAAAAGCUACAGACGACACUUCACGAUCACCGGAAAGUGUGGUACAGAGUAAUAAAAUCGCUAUGAUAAGCAUCAGUAACCCGGGUGGGCGCAAUAGCUUAAGUGGCAAGAUGAUGUGCGAGCUAGCAGACGCAGUGGACGUGUUACAGGCAUGGGAAGGAGGCGCGGGGGUUGUUCUGCACGGAGAAAACGGCUUUUUUUGUGCGGGAGCGGAUCUCAAAGUAGCUGCACAGCAUAUGCUGGGACCGUCUGAGAACGGAAUGGGCGAGGAGAUGUCUUAUUUGAUGCACCACACUACGAGCAGACUCAGAGCUUUGCCUCUCAUAUCUGUGGCAGCCAUUGAAGGGGCGGCCGUUGGCGGAGGUGCUGAGCUAGCUACUGCUUGUGACUUCCGAGUGAUGGCUAAGGACAGCUACAUUCGCUUUGUGCAUGCCUUACUGUCGGUGGUACCUGGGUGGGGAGGCGGCACGCGCCUGACGAAGAUUGUGGGCCGGAGGGAUGCGCUGCGUAUCGUGUGCACGGCUGAUAAGAUACACGCGGACCAAGCUAUGGCCUUUGGACUGUGUGACGAAGUAGUGGAAACGAGCACAGACACAGUAAAAGUGGCAACCGGCUUCCUGCAAAAACUCACCGCUAAUAGCACAGCAGCGACACGAGCGCUUAAAACUGUGGUGAGUCAAGCGGAUGAUGAUGCAUACAGGCCGUCGCUGAAUCACGAGCACGAUGUUUUCUCGCGCAUGUGGGGAAAUAAAGCUAGCGCGGAACAGAUCGGCAAAGGUGGUGCUAGUGCCAGGAAAGGGGAUUAAAUCAUACAGCACCCAUGCUCUUACGGCCUUAUCGGGCUUUGAACUGUGUGCGCAUUGCUAAUCUCACAGCCUAUAUCCUGAGACUUAUCAAACGUAGCCUAUAUCCUGAAACUUAUCAAACGUAUUGAUUUCGCUGGCUGCCGUUUUCAGAAUCUCACAACUUGAGGCGUUAAAUGCCCGAUUGAUGUUGUACACCAUCUCCGCUCAUCAAUUACAUGGACUAUAAAACGCUGUGGCGACAGAAAACGGUCUAUAGAGCAAGACGCCAGCCUCAUGUGGCUGACAAGAAUACUUCCGCCAUGGUAGUGUACCAGUGUACCAUGCGAUAGUCACUCACGGCUACUUCUUAUGCAGUGCAAACGUACCAUAAUAUUUGGGACCCGAUACAAACAAUUUUACGGAAUCAUACGACUCCAUAUUUUGAACGUUUCGAAUUCGAACAAUUAUAUAGAAUGUAGCCCAGUUACUACUGAAUGUCGUCCACAGGGUCCGACGACAUCUUCAAAGUAGUCUGAUUAAAUGCGAAGCAUAAAAGUUUACUAGUAUAAAAUUCAUC